UUCUGUUACAGGUCCCUAAGGUGUACUAUUAAAAAUAAGUUUAGCCAAGUGAAUUUCAUAGGCAAGUGCAUUCCGACCUUCAGUGAAUUCGUGGACUACCUGAUAGACGAGGCCGACAACAACAGACCGUUCAAUGAGCACUGGGCUCCUUACUACACGUUCUGCUCCACUUGUCAGCUUCACUUCGACUACAUUCUGCACUUCGAGACUCUGUCUCAGGACGAGGCUUUUCUGCUGCAGGCUGUGCCAGGGCUGUCGGAGGUGCUGAGUCCGCAGAAGCUACACAAUUCCAACACUAACUACGAGGAGCUCAUUAAAGACUACUUCAGCCAGCUCACGCUCAACCAGCUUCACAGUCUCUUGCGCAUUUAUGGACGUGACUUUCUCUUUUUCGGAUAUAGUGAACAGAAGUACUUUAAAUACGCAAAAUCAUAGAUUAAAAAAAUGAGAAAAAUGCCUUCUUCUAUUUCUCUAGAUGCAUAAAACUUAAAAAGUUCCCCCACUAACGUUUUACACAUAUUCCAUAUCCAUCAGCUGCCUCAUACUUACUAGAAAAAAGUUCUAAUUCUUUCAGUGCAUGAUCAAAAAUGGAAACAAUUUAUGUACUAAAAAAAGGCAUAUUCUCGACCUCUGUACAACGUUAUCAAGUAAUUGUUAAUGAUACAGACAGGUGUCAGAGACCUAAUUACAGAGAACCGCUCA